AUGUCGUCGUUCAAGCCCGCCCUUGUGGUUGUCGACAUGCAAGAAGACUUUUGUCCUCCCAAUGGCGCCUUGGCCGUAACCGGGGGUCGCGACAUCAUCCCAACCAUCAACACCCUCCUCAGCUUUCCCUUCACUCUCAAAGUCGCAACCAAAGACUGCCACCCUCGCGACCACAUCUCCUUCGCCUCCAACCACCCCGCCCCACACAACAAACCCUUUGAAUCCACCGCCAUCAUCACGAACCCACACAACCCCUCUGAAAGCAUAGAGACGCGUCUAUGGCCCGAUCACUGCGUUCAAGGGACGCCAGGUGCAGACUUGGUCCCCGAACUCAACGUCAGCACUGUCGAUUGCCUAGUAGAAAAGGGCCAGGAUAAGCGCGUGGAAAUGUAUUCUGCGUUUGCAGAUCCCUUUACGAGUCCUUGUGUGGCGCGCAGCGGUUUGGCCAAGACAUUGAAAGAUGCGGGCGUGACGGACGUGUAUUGCGUGGGGUUGGCGGCAGACUAUUGUGUCAAGCACACGGCGCUGGAUGCGCAGAAGGAGGGCUUCAGGACGUGGGUGGUGCAGGAAGCGGUCAAGGCUGUGUGCCCGUCAUCGUUGGACGAUGUGCAUAGGGAGUAUGAGAAGGCUGGGGUGAGGGUGGUGGGCAUGGAUAGUAAGGAAGUGCAGAGGGUAGGGGAGUUGGGCAGGACGCAGGAGCAAGAUGCGAAGGAUGCUGACAAGGCGGGUGAGAGUGUCUUGGACUGA